CCUCUUGGAAAGCUUUCAGGCUGCAGCCCUGCCUUCCAAGCAUUCUUUAAACUCGCCAUGUGGGAGGAACUCCAGGAGAGAGAGAGAGAGAUGGCUAUCAACCCGAAUUCAUUACUGUAAACAUCUCCCUGGGGUGUCAGGCAAGCAAAAGGGAGAGAGAGUAGAGGGAGAGAGGGGUGGGGGAGACAGAAAGGCUCGGCUGCCAUUAGAGUCCGAUCGGAGAUCUCCUGACGCCCAGGAUCAACCUGCCAGCGCGGCUGGACUUUCCGAGCCCCGAGGGGAAAGAGGCGCUCGAGCGCACACGCGCUCACGCGUGCACGUCUGCAUGCGCCCGGCGCCCCUGGAGGCUUCUGGGGUGCUGCUCGCCUGCGCUUCUUCCUCGUGGGAUCCUCUCUCUCCUGAGCUCUGAGGACCGAGGGCAGAAAGAAAAGAAAAAACCCAACCCCAGGCCAGGGGAAAACACCACCACCAAACUGUUCGCUGCAGGCUGAUUAGAGCUCGCUCCUCUCCCGGACAUCUCUGUUGAUUUCGAGUUGUUGGCGUCGCUCUCUGCCUGGUGUGUCCUCUCUCUCUCUCUCUCCUUGGGAGGUGGGGACCGAGGAGAGAGAGGAAGAGGUGUGCACCUUUGCGCUUGCCUUCUCGGGGAUGCUGGAGCCCCGGGCUGCGCGUUGGAGGCGAAAGGAGGAGGAUGUUGCCGCUGCCUCGUAAGCGGGGAAGGCGGAAGAAAGUGCCGCGCUCGCUCCGCAGAGCAGAAGCAGCAGCAGGCGGCGGCCCCGGAGGCGAGCGCCGCCCGCAGCCUGCGGGCGAGGGCAGCAGCAGGAGGCGGAGGACAACGACGACGACCCCACCGCGGCGAGGGGGCGACCCCACCGUUGCUGCUCCCCCAGCGCAUCGGAGACCAACGUUACUGCUGUUGCUGCUGUGGCGGCGGCCGCCAAAGUUUGGGGGUCUUCGCUGGAGGGGGGGUAGAGACUCCCCGGGGAUUAUGCGCACCCGAGGACGACGCUUCAGGAUCGGAGCCUGCAGAUUUCUCAAAUCCAGCCUCAAGCUAAAAUGAAUGCCUUGCCGACUGAAGGAAGCUGAGGACCCUGUCACCGCAGCGAACAGAAGUACUAAUCCAGCCGUCCUGUCCGUCUCUGGUUGACGUUUGGCACCUUGCUCUGGGUUACCUGUACGGGACACAGUUACCUUAGCAUUCAGCAUACAUGGCGAGAGGCAACAACAUGUGUAAGCCUGGCUAGCAGGACAGCAACUUUCCAAGUGAAAGGCCAUCCAAUUAUAAACGGAUUAUUUUGCAUUUCGCCUCUGGGACGUUACCUCUUACCUGCAUAGAAACACAGCAUUUUUUUUUUUUACUUCUUUUUGCUAGCAUUUCCCCCCUUUUUUCAGUAUUUUGUUUCUUCAUUUAGAAAUGGGCCCGUGGACUAGAAUGUGGCCCGUGGACAGGGUUGUUUUCUUUAAAUCAUGGCUUGUCUUUUCUCUGGGCCUCUCCAUGCAGUUCUCCAAAGCUCUGGCCUGUCCAAGUGUGUGCCGCUGUGACCGGAACUUUGUCUAUUGUAACGAGCGAAGUUUGACCUCAGUGCCUCUUGGGAUACCGGAGGGUGUAACUGUACUCUACCUCCACAAUAACCAAAUUAAUAAUGCUGGAUUUCCUGCAGAGUUGCACAAUGUCCAGUCUGUGCACACAGUCUACCUGUAUGGCAACCAGCUGGAUGAAUUCCCCAUGAAUUUGCCCAAGAAUGUCAGGGUUCUCCACCUGCAGGAAAACAACAUCCAGACCAUUUCUCGGGCUGCUCUAGCACAGCUCUUGAAACUGGAAGAGCUGCACCUGGAUGACAAUUCCAUCUCUACCGUAGGGGUUGAGGAUGGGGCAUUCCGGGAAGCUGUUAGCCUCAAGCUUCUGUUCUUGUCCAAGAACCACUUAAGCAGUGUGCCUGUUGGCCUUCCAGUGGACUUACAAGAACUACGAGUCGACGAAAACCGCAUUGCCAUCAUAUCAGACAUGGCCUUCCAGAAUCUCACAAGCUUGGAACGUCUCAUAGUAGAUGGCAACCUCCUUAACAAUAAAGGCAUUGCAGAUGGCACCUUCAGCCACCUAUCCAAACUCAAGGAAUUCUCUAUAGUACGGAAUUCACUAACAUACCCUCCCCCUGAACUCCCAGGUACAAACCUGCUUAGGCUUUCUCUACAGGACAACCAGAUUUCACACAUACCACUUUCAGCCUUUUCAAACCUCCACCAGCUGGAGAGACUCGAUAUUUCCAACAAUCAGCUCCGGAUGCUGUCCAGAGGUGUCUUUGACAACCUUCGCAACUUGAAACAACUCACAGCAAGGAAUAAUCCCUGGCUAUGUGAUUGUAGUAUUAAGUGGGUCACCGAAUGGCUCAAGUUAAUCCCUUCCUCUAUCAAUGUGCGAGGCUUCAUGUGUCAAGGACCAGAGCACGUCCGAGGCAUGGCUGUCAGGGAACUCAACAUGAAUAUGUUGUCAUGCCCCACAACCACCCCUGAUCUGACGCUGGUUACCCAAGCUCCCUCUACAUCCCUGCCAACCACAGUAACCCCUACGUCACCGGUCUUUACACCAAGUAACAAACACACUCCUCUUCCCCACACUGUAGCCACACUCCCCACUGUGCCUGAGAGGGACGACGAAGAAAAAGUGACCCCUCCCAUUACUGAACAGUUCCAACUCUUCAUCCACAUUGUGAAUGACACUUGCAUCCAAGUCAGCUGGCAUUCCCUUUUCAACGUGAUGGCCUACAAACUGACCUGGGUUAAAAUGGGCCACAGUCUGGAAGGCGGCAUCAUUCAGGAACGGAUAGUUAGUGACAAGAGGCAGAACGUUAGCUUGGCGAGCCUAGAGCCCAAAUCCACGUAUCGGAUUUGCUUGGUCCCCUUGGAUGAUUUUAAUAAUUACCGAGUUGGCGAGGACACCGUCUGCUCUGAAGGCACCACCAAGGCUUCCCUGCUGAGCAAUGGAAGCAACACGGCUUCCAGCCAUGAACAGACCACUUCUCAUAACAUUGGGUCCCCGUUUCUCUUGGCAGGCUUGAUCGGGGGGGCCGUGGUGUUUGUACUGGUGGUCCUGCUCAGCAUCUUCUGCUGGCACAUGCACAAAAAGGGACGCUACACCUCUCAGAAAUGGAAAUACAACCGGGGCCGGCGGAAAGAUGACUACUGCGAAGCAGGGACCAAGAAGGACAACUCCAUCCUGGAGAUGACGGAAACCAGCUUUCAGAUUGUCUCCUUAAAUAAUGAUCAGCUCCUUAAAGGAGAUUUCAGACUGCAGCCCAUUUAUACCCCAAAUGGGGGCAUUAACUACACAGACUGCCACAUCCCCAACAACAUGCGCUAUUGCAACAGCAGUGUCUCAGACCUGGAGCACUGCCACACGUGAUAGUUGAGGGGGUUGUGUGGCGAGACACCUGACGCUGAGAGCAAAAACUCAGAGGGAGGAAAACAAAACAAACCUACUCACACAAAACAAACAAAACAAAACAAAAAUUACAUUUGAUAAAUGUUACACAGAUGCAUUUGUGCAUUUGAAUAAUCUGUAAUUUAUAUGGUGUACUAUAUAAUGGGAUUUAAAAAAAAGUGCUAUCUUUUCUAUUUCAAGUUAAUUGCAAACAGUUUUGUAACUCUUUGCUUUUUAAAUCUUAAAAGAAAAAUAUAUUGCUGAAGUACUGUACAGGGUUGUACAAUAAGAACCCAAUGCCAUGGCAAA